AUGUCCGGUCAAUCGACCCUUCACCAGCAAGGCUAUCGCGAAGCAGAAGAGGCGACCCUCUACUUCCGCGCGGGACAGGGGAACCGUGCUCCCUUGACCGCUCACGAAGACCAGGAGAAAGGGCCCUCUGAAGCCGGACGGAAUAGAGGAUUCGUGAUCUUCUCGACUUCCAUCGAUGAGGAGGCGUCUAUCACGUCAGCAACGGGGCACACCCCGCGAGAUAUCAUCCAAUACACCCUCUUUCUCGGCUCCCCACUGCCUCUUCAGGCCUGCGAACGGGAUACUGCCGCGACGGCGAGCUACGGGCAAAAACGAGGUCGUCACGACAUUAGCAGGCUCAACCAGCCCAAAGAGAGCACCUGCCGUACGAAGGCAGCAAGUGUCCCCGGAGAGCAGCAACGAGCGCGGAAGGAAGACGCCAGGGCCAAGGCAAUCCUGGAGAAGAGAAACCCAAGAGCCGGUCUAGGACGCUGUUCCUAUACCCCCCGAUUGGAAGCAGACCACCGAACAGCAGUAAUCCGCCUACCGAACGACUACGCCUCCCGGGAUCCUGCUUGGGGAGGAACGCACGUGUUCGAGACGUCGUCAGACCACCCGCGCUCCGCCCCGACGAAGUACGGAAAACCCGCCUAG